AUGAACGUUUCGUCCAAUCCUCUUGAGGAAUCCCAAAGCUUCCGAAGCUCGCACCCUGUAGAGCCAUGGCAUUCAAGUAUUCAGCUACUGCAAAACUAUGUAGCCAACCGCCCCGGAAAUUUCAUCGCUCCUCCUGACGACAUCUUCGAGCUAGAUCGUGCAUUGCACGAUGCCCAUCUUACACUGGCUGGCUACGGAUACGAGAUUCAAACGCUACAGUGGCUGCUCAAACGGGUCGCGGAAAAGCAUUCACUACUUCUGUCCACCAUCAGGCAGGUCGAACCAAUGACUAAAGUCACCAUCCGCAUGCUUCCGACCGAAAUCUUGGGGCAGAUUUUCGAGUUAUGUGUAAAUCGAGCUCAAGAUGCGCUGGUUCUCAGCCAUGUAUGUUCACAAUGGCGCACUAUUACAUUUUCUUUGUCAACCCUGUGGAUGAAAAUCGCGGUGGUAAUCGCGGACUUCAGCACAGCCGGGCAUCUUAACAUGACCAGGCUCGCCUUGAAGAAUUCCGGAAACAGACCCUUGGACAUCAACGUCAUCACUUCCGCGGAUCUCAGACUCUAUCCCGAUCCCAAGUUCUGCGCUUUCACGGAACUGUUAAAACAUACUGACCGAUGGCAGUACGCUCGACUCUUCCUUCCCACUCACCGUCAUACAACAUUACCGCCCGCCUUUCCGAUACUCGAAAAGCUCGCCAUUAUUCACGGUUGUACAAUGGGACUACUUGACAUGCAAGAGCCCUGUAGGCCUGUUCUUGCCCCACGACUGCGUGACCUUCAGGUCUGCGAUAGGCAAUGGGGCCGUCAUCUUGUUACAGAAAAUCUCAACACCCUGACGAUGUCGCAAUUUGUCUGUUUUCCGGUUCUCUUGCAGAUGCUACAAAACCCGACCUUGAAAAACGUACGGCUGUUGGGAUGGCUGGAUUUGCUUGGAUAUACGUACGACGUUACUACCAAGGUCGUGUCGAACAUAACUUCCCUUGAAAUUGACCACCUUCACCCUCUUGCACCAUUUUUUGACCAAGUCACUCUCCCCUCGCUGAAAAAUCUCGACAUACACAACUGUCAAUUUAUGGAUGCAGGAUCUGCAGCGUAUCAAUUUAACCGUUGUAUUGUGAGGUCUCGGCCUCCGUUGGAGACCCUAGCUAUUUGCAAUUUCCCAAUGUUGGACUGGCAAGUCUUACAGGCGCUAUCCGUGCUUCCUUCUCUCACCCGAUUUUCAUUCACCUGCCACGAUGCUCGUACCAAUUUCCAUACAUUAACGGAAGCAUUCUUUCGAGAAUCGCCGAAUCUCCUUCGGAGCUUGGAGUACCUCAAGCUGAACUAUGGGAGAUACACCCCGUGGAACGGCACACUCCUCACCAGUAUGGUCGUGGCGCUGUGGCAUCAGACACCCCGGAAACUGAAAAGCUUUUCUGUGGGUUGUUAUCCUGGUGAUUUCGACUCGAUGACGAUGAAAAAUCUUUCACGCCUCGAGGGGAAUGGUUUGGAACUCUCCAUUGAACUGUUGGACCCCGAGGACGCAAUAUAUUACUAG